AUGUGGUUCAUCGAGUCGGGGAACCACAAUUUUCUCAACUUUCGGCAAGCCUGCUCCAUCGAAUCGGCGGCCCUGCACAAUCCGGGUAUCCCUAUUCGACUCCUCACCACAAGUACUUUGUCUCCGAACUGCAAAUACACCAACAUUCUCAAAGCGCUUCCCAACUUCCGAGCGGAGCUUCUGGAAAUCAGCAGCGCGUUCCACUCAACGCCAAUGGAUUCCUGGUACCGUAGCAACGCUUGGGCCGACAGCACUCACAAGACUGAACACAUCAGCGACGCGCUGAGGUACACAAUCCUCUGGAGGCACGGAGGCAUCUACAUGGACCUAGACGUAAUCAUGCUCAAACCGUUGAACGGUUUGACGAACUGCGUGGUGAUGAUGGACAAGAACAGGCCCAACAACAACAUCAUGAUCUUCGACAAGGACCACAGGUUCAUCACGGCCCUUAUGGACAACUGUCUCAAGGGCUAUGAUCCGGACGACUACAACACAUGUGGGCCCGGUCUCCUGCAGCAGAUGUACGAAGAUGGUGGUUCUCUAGCGACAGACAUGUCCUUCCUGAGGAAGGAGACGUUCCUCGCCAUUGACAUUGAGCGCAGCGGCUGGUUCUUCGACAGGGACCGCACAGCGUCGGUAUUUAAAGAAGUGCGCGAAAGCUACGGCGUGCACAUCUACAAUUCGCAGACAAAGAACAGAACGUUCGACAUCGGAUCGGGAUGUGCUUACGAACUGCUCGCUAUCAUGAACUGCCCUCGGGCGUAUGAAGCUCUAUCCUCGAGCUAGGCGUAGAGCUGUGGUACUUGAAUGACAGUGAGUGGUAGUCAAGGAAACA